CAACGUACGACAUCAUCCACUCCAUCUAUCUUACCUUUGCGCAUCCACGACUCAACAAGUGCUCCUCACAAAGGGUUUGAGACAUCAUCCGACCCCCGCACCGCUUUGAAGCUCCCGUACGGGUCCCACACGCCUUCAAUCGGCGAACCAACACGUGCGCACCGACGGGGCUCCCUGUAUGCCGGAGCGCAGAGGGUGGUCGUGAUGAAGACAGCAACGUGGCUACGAUGCCUUCCCCUAUUCCUCCUUACCCUCCCAUCGUCGGCGAUUGAUAGCAACAACCCGUUGAACCUCACUAAGAUCCACGAAGCCGGCCGCUGCGCCGUUCGAGGCAACUGCGGCAGCGAGAGCCUCUUUGGCAAACAGCUUCCCUGCGCAGACAAUGGCCUCGCCGGCAAUGGUCUGUCGGCAUCCGCAAGAGAUCAGCUCGUAGAACUGUGUGGAGAGGAAUGGACGGACACGAAAGUCUGCUGCGCCGACGAACAGGUGGACGACAUCAAGACCAACUUCGACAGAGUCAACUUCCUCAUCGCAUCCUGUCCGGCGUGCCUAAAGAACUUCCGCAACAUGUUCUGCCAUUUCACCUGCUCCCCCGACCAGAGUCUGUUCGUCAACGUCACGCAAACGAAGGAGAAGAGCGACAAGAUAAUGACAACCGAGCUGGACCAUCUCAUCAGUGACGAGUACGGCUCGGGGCUCUACGACAGCUGCAAAGAGAUCCAGUUCGCUGGUGGCAAAUCUAUGACAUACUUUGGCAACGCCAAAAACUACACCCAAUUCCUCGCCUUCCUGGGAACGAAGUCCACGUUGGGAAGCCCCUUUCAGAUGAACUUUCCACGACCGAAUGAGCAUCCCUUCAAGGAUAUGCACCCGGUAUUAGACGAUGCUAUACCUUGCAACACCUCCGACAAGCGAUAUCAGUGCAUGUGCAACGACUGCCCGGCAAUCUGCCCCUCCCUCGACCCGUUGGAAGAGCCAAAGGAGUGCAAAGUCGGAUUGCUCCCCUGCCUGAGCUUUGCAAUAAUCCUUGUGUAUGCCGUCUUCGUCACACUGCUUGUGCUGGCGGUCUCGGGUCACGCUGCGGCUGCGAAACGCCGACAAAACAGGAAUGAGCGGCUUCAACUCCUCCAAGAUUCGGCGCCCGAUGAGGACGAUGACGAAAGAGAUGUUGUGCACGGAGCUGGAGGCUUGCUUGACCGCCCAACUCGACAGUACCCCCUCAAUACGUACUGCGACCGUGCUUUCAGCAAACUCGCAAGGACAUGCGCGAAUUUUCCGGCCAUCACGAUUGUAUCGUCAAUCAUUGUGAUUGGCAUCUUCAGCUUGGGGUGGAUUCGUUUCGACCUGGAAACAGACCCGGUCAACCUUUGGGUAGCUCCGGAGUCCGCUGCUGCACAGGAGAAGGCCUUUUUCGACUCGAAUUUUGGGCCCUUCUUCCGCACGGAGCAGGCCUUCUUGGUUAAUGAUACUCACGCCGAUGGCCAUGGACCUGUCUUGAGUGCCAACACGCUCAGAUGGUGGUUUGAUGUCGAGAGGCGGGUGCGCAUCCAGAAGAGUCCGAAGCACGGAUUGACUUUGAAAGAUGUGUGCUACGAUCCACUGGGCGGCGCCUGUGUUGUUCAGUCAAUCACGCAUUAUUUUGACAGUCAAGAACUAGAUAUGGACAACUGGGAGAAGCAACUACAGCAUUGCGCCGACGUACCGAGCGACUGUCGUCCAGACUUUCAACAACCCAUGCCUAUCGAAAGACUGCUGGGAGGAUACAACAGAACUUCACAGCCCGUCACUGAUGCUGAAGCGCUGAUUGUGACGUGGGUUGUGCAGAACUACAAUCCAGGCGACCCCCGUUUGGAGAAGGCCGAGGAGUGGGAGGAUAGCCUCAAGAGGUUGCUCAUGGACGUGGCACAGGAGGCUCAGGAGCGAGGCUUGAGGCUGAGCUUCUCCACGGAGAUCUCUCUCGAACAGGAGCUCAACCAAAGCGCGAAUACCGACGCUAAGAUCGUGGUAAUCAGCUAUCUCGUCAUGUUCUUCUACGCCUCGCUGGCUUUGGGCAGCACCACGCUCACGCUCGGCUCCAUCUUGCGCAACCCGGCCACCGCGCUUGUUCAGAGCAAAUUCAUGCUGGGCAUCGUCGGCAUUCUCAUCGUCCUUAUGAGUGUUGCCGCGUCUGUGGGCCUGUUUGCGGCUACGGGACUGAAGGCGACCCUGAUCAUUGCAGAAGUCAUUCCUUUCCUGGUACUGGCUGUUGGCGUGGACAACAUCUUUCUCAUCGUGCACGAAUUCGAACGAGUCAACAUCAACCAUGCGGACGAGUCUGUUCCAGACCGGCUUGCGCGUGCUCUUGGCCGCAUGGGACCCAGCAUUCUCCUCUCUGCCUCCACCGAAACCGUAGCAUUUGCGCUCGGCGCUGCUGUUGGAAUGCCUGCCGUCCGAAACUUCGCGGCAUACGCAGCUGGAGCAGUCUUCAUCAAUGCAGUAUUGCAAGUGACCAUGUUCAUUUCGGUCCUGGCUUUGAACCAGGAGAGAGUGGAAGCUGGACGUGCCGAUUGCAUUCCGUGCAUCAAGGUGCAGGGCGGGUCGUCGUCGAGCAUGCCAAAUGGGUACGGUGGGGCGCCGUUCAGUGGUACGGAAGAGGAAGGACCGCUGGCGAGAUUCAUUCGGAGAUAUUACGCUCCAGCAAUCCUUGGAAAUAGGACCAGAGUCGCCAUUGUGACGGUAUUCCUGGGCUUCUUCGCCGCAGGUAUCGCACUUCUACCCGACUUGAAGCUUGGACUCGACCAAAGAAUUGCUGUGCCGAGCAGCAGCUACCUGGUCAAAUACUUUGACGACCUGUACGACUAUUUCGGUGCCGGGCCGCCGGUCUACUUCGUUACGAGGAACGUCAACGCCACAGCCAGGACCCAUCAACAGGAAUUGUGCGCCAAAGAGCUUGGGUGCAACCGCCUCUCUGUGCCAAUCCAUCUCGGCCUAGAGCGAACCCGGGAGCAUUCGUACAUUGCAGACACGACUGCAAGCUGGCUAGACGACUUCUGGACAUGGCUGAACCCCGAGAAUACGGCGUGUUGUGUUGAUGAAUCAGGCAGCCCGUGCUUCGCGAAUCACGACCCGCCAUGGGACCAGACGCUACAAGCCAUGCCUCAAGGCGAAGAGUUUGUCUACUAUGCCCAACGCUGGCUGAAGGCACCGACUACUGAGGACUGUCCUCCGGCCGGCAAGGCGCAGUACGCAGAUGCGGUAGUAAUCGACAACACGACCAUCAAUGUGCCCGCCAGCCAUUUCCGAACUGCGCACUCCGCACUUACCAGCCAAGAGGACUUAAUCAACUCCUACGCCUCCGCGAGACGCAUUGCCAAAGAGAUCAGUCAGGAGAACGACGGCAUCGAUGUCUUCCCCUACAGCAAGCACUACAUCUUCUUCGACAUGUACGCUGGCAUUGUCCGUUUAUCAACGGCACUAGUGGGUGCAGCGCUGGCUUUCAUCUUCUUUACAACCUCCCUCCUGCUGGGAUCCAUCGCCACGGGCUUGGUCGUUACUGUAACGGUGACGAUGAUUGUCGUCGACGUUGUUGCCACCAUGACUCUGGCGGAUGUGUCGCUUAAUGCCGUCAGCCUGGUCAACAUCAUCAUCUGCGUGGGCAUUGGCGUCGAAUUCUGCGCCCACAUCGCCCGCGCGUUCACUAUUCCAUCGGCCUCGAUACUCGAGCGCGCGUCGAGCAAGUUCCGUGGCAAGCAAGCUAGAGCCUGGGCCGCCUUGGUCAACGUCGGCGGCAGUGUGUUCAGCGGCAUCACGAUCACCAAGCUCCUCGGCGUGUUCGUCCUCGCAUUCACGCGAAGCAAGAUUUUCGAGAUCUAUUACUUUAGAGUUUGGCUCGCAUUGAUCAUUUGGGCGGCGCUGCAUGCGCUGGUCUUUCUGCCGGUUGCAUUGAGCCUCUUUGGAGGGGCUGGUUACCUUGACCCCGAGAGCGACGGCGGACUAGAGCAAGACCUCGCGAGCCGUCGGUACAGAGCUUUGCUGCCGGAUGAGGAGUAUGACAGCGACGAUUACUAGGCCUCGGUAGCAGCGCGGUAGUUGGAGGCCAGGCCUCAUUCAAUAGCCAUUGAUACUCCGAUACCAAGCCAUUGACAUCCGCGUUCCCGUGCG